AUAGGAGCGAGGUUUCCAGCACAACAAAAGCACCAUUUCUGGCCUUUAAAACUUGAAUUCCACGUAAGAAAACGAAGGAAGUAGCACGUCUAAAAUGAACACUUCCGGCAACGUUAAUCUUUUCCAAUGGUUGCCAACCGAGAUGAUAUGCUACAUUUUCGACUAUUUGGACUUGGACACGCUGAAAUCGGUUUCCCUAACCUGUCGCCGUAUGGAGCGUAUCUUUUCGAGAUAUUGCUGUUUACGCUUUACGUUGUACAUUGAAAAUGAUAGAAACCUGCUGCCUUGGAGGCAUCGGAGUAGUGCCCGCACUACCCAGUCCGCGGAAUCCGCAGCCGAAUUGUUAAUGCAUUCGACGCGCUACUUUCAGAAGGUGUAUCUUCCUGUGUAUUCUGAGUUCCAGCGGCUCAACCCAGAUCCGAUGGGUACGAAUUGUAUACUCUACAAGGUGUUAGAAACAGAUUGGCUGCAACAGUUGGUCGUCCUGAAACUAGUAAUGGGCUCCGAUUCACUGCAGUACGCGGGACAGAUAUCAACUGCGGUGAGAAGAAUGGAUCAGCUGCAGGAACUACAAUUUAUGCAAACCAUGUAUAUGCCAAAUCUGGACAUAUGUGAAGAUUUGAGGAUUGAAAGUAACACUCUUCAGUGGCUGGUUCUGGAAGUAUCGAUACCAAGUGUGAUUAACUGUCCAAAGCUUCGCAAGCUUGACGUCGCAUCUUACCUUGAAGCAGAGACGUAUUUUGGCAGACAGUAUGCUCAGCAUGGUGACGGAGAACCGUUUUGGAAGCUAAAGCAGCUGGAAGAAUUCACAAUUAUGAAUCAAUCAAUGUUCCGCACGUUGGAGUGUACGGAGCACCGUCCGGGAUACAAGUUCAAGUUCUAUAAUCAUCUGACUCAGUUAAAAAAGCUGCACUUAUACGUGGCCCCCGUGUCGGAAAAGUUUCUUCAGAGUAUAUGUGAAUCGUGCGUGCAUCUAGAGGAUCUCUUUAUUUGUACAUUGCAGGCAAUCGACCCGAAUUCAUUACGUUACCUAUCAAAUCUGCCGCAUUUGCGACGGUUGGCGAUUUGGUUCACCAUGACACCGCACCCAGUUUCGUUCGCAUCCGUUAAUGUUCCCAAGCUAGAGCACCUUACAUUAGGCAUGGUGGAUGUAGUGUGGAAAUCACUGGAAAAGUUUCAAUCGAUUAAAUCUCUCAGUUUAAUACCGCAUGAACACUAUAGAUUUCUCAACGCCUUAUGCUUCGUCAGACUCAUGAAACAGUUAGAAUUUUUGUGGCUAGAUUUCCGUUGCAUUAGGGAUCUGCGUUCCAUUCCUGCAGUCCUGCAAGAACUACCACUAUUGAGGACCCUUAUCCUGGAGAAUGUUGAUGUGAGAUGGAUAUAUCUAUCAGAAAUGCCACCAUUGCCUCAACUGAAUCGUCUAGUACUGUACCGUUGUACAGCGUCUCAAUUUUGGACGUUGGAUGCUAGAUUGUUUCCUAACGUAAAGCAGGUUGAGCUGGCAAUCCCGAAAUGUUUUUCGUGUGAUUACAAACAAAGGUGCAGAUAAGAUAAUAUUAAUAAUUUACUCUAAAAUGAACACCGGCACCUCUAAACCUACACCGGCAUAAUCGUUCGUGGAACUUUACUGGGAAAAGAUUUGUAGGGGUUGUUCUGGAACAUACAUUUACUAACAUAAGUUUACUACAUGCCGCACUACUCUUCAGCAAUAAUGGGUUUGAAGAAUGAUAGUUUAUAAUCGUGCGAUAGGAAUUAAGUUGCUGAAAUUGUUGUGAUCUAUGUUAAAGGCAAUAAAUUGAUUUGAAAAUCUGAUCCGAAUGAUUUUCC